GCCAUAUUAUCCUGACAACACAUCCAGCUUCUCUGUUAUAGAAGUUGUUGUGUCCUGAUUCACCAAUAUAGACCAAUCCUUGUCUAGACCUUCCACUCCAGACCAUCUCCCAAGCUUCACGAUCUCGCCUUUCCGCACCGACGAGCAACUCGACAUCUAACCUCCUGCCACCAAAAUCAACCAACUAAGAAAGAACACAAAAUUCAACCACAAUGGCACCUCUCACCCCCGCUGAAAAUGAAAGUCACCAACAACUCCUCAACCAACUCGACAUCGCACAGGUCCCGCGCCCCUUCCGCAACCCUCAUUGGAAGCCCUCCCAGCGGCGCAACAAGAACGUCAAGCAACUAAUCUCCGAGAGCUCCCGCAAAGAAGCCUCCCAGAUGGCCACGCAAGCCAACUCCGGCGCAACGACGCCUCUGGUAGCUACCACCUCUGCCAGCACAGACGGCAGUCAGACGCCCGCAGACGGGGGCCAACGCACGAACAUCGCGCAAGCAGCACAGAACCUCUCCACGCUUGUCCUAGAGAAAAACGCACGGGCAAUGUACUCGUCAGGGCCGGCGGUGACGUAUACGAAUAUCGAGUCGGCGCCGUCGCUGCACCCGUCGCAGCAGACGAGGUAUUGCGAUAUCACGGGGUUGCCGGCUCCGUAUACGGAUCCCAAGACUCGGCUGAGGUAUCAUGAUAAGGAGGUCUUUGGGGUGGUCCGGUCUCUGACGCAGGGUGUGCCAGAAAGUUACCUUGAGUUGAGAGCGGCGCAUGUGGUUCUCAAGUAAUGGGUGUUAGGUUUGUGAUAGCAAGUGAUGUUUUAAGUGAAUUUGUCUCUCAAGCGAGAUGCUAUGCUAUGAAUUGGUCUACUAUGUAGAAUGUCCGGCCAUCACAGUCAAGCCCUUUCCACCCACCGUGCCCCUCUCGAGACAGGUUCAAAGAAAGCGCUCCGGCUUAAUCGUGACCUUUAUAUUAGAGUCAUUCUUCGCCUU